GUCAUUUAAACAGCAUAAGAGGCUUGUUGUAAAUCAGCUGAGACACACAGGGUCAGUCCUCUGGCUUCACUCAACACUUCAGCAGGACUGAAUCUGACUAGCAAACAUUUCUACAUAAAAAAACAAAAACAAAACAACAACUUUAAACCUUUCACUAUAUUUUACUUCCACUCUGCAUUUGCUCCAGAAUUGCCUCAGAGGUUAAGAUGCCUUUCAUCGAGCCCGUAUCAGACUCGGACCUGCAGAGUUUGGCUUUGGACCGGGUCGUCCCGUCUCUGCUGGAGGACGGUUUCUGCUAUGUGGACGGUCUGCUGGGGGAGCUGGUUGGUGACGCGGUGCUGGAGCAGGUGAAGGACAUGCACCGGUCCGGAGCUCUGCAGGAUGGCCGGCUCGUGGGCUCCGUACCGGGCAUCCGACGUAAGAGCAUCCGCGGGGAUCAGAUCGCCUGGGUGAGCGGAUCAGAGCGAGGCUGCGAGGCGAUCCAUUUCCUGCUCAACCUGAUCGAUAAGCUGGUGUCACUGUGCUCCAGCCGGCUGGGAACCACGAUCAAGGAGAGGUCCAAGGCCAUGGUGGCGUGUUACCCGGGCAACGGCGCCGGUUACGUCAAACACGUGGACAACCCGAACUCUGACGGGCGGCGGAUCACCUGCAUCUAUUACCUCAACAAGAACUGGGAUGCUAAGGAGCACGGAGGAAUCCUCAGGAUUUAUCCGGAGGGAGAAAACGACGUAGCCGACAUCGAGCCGCUGUUUGACCGACUGCUCUUCUUCUGGUCCGACCGCAGGAAUCCACACGAGGUGCAGCCCUCCUACUCCACCAGGUACGCAAUCACAGUCUGGUAUUUUGACUCUGAGGAGAGAGCCGAGGCCAAGAGACGCUUCAGAGACCUGACAGCUUCCACUCGGCAGGAAAACAGCAGCAGCAGCAGCUGAGCGGUGACACGUCGCCACCUGGUGUUCAAACCCUGAAGUGCAGGAGAAGGACGGCCGGAUACACUGAUGAAAGAAAGAAAAGAGGAGGAAAACGGACAAAAAGAAAAGUGUUACUCUGUCCUGGACUGUGGAGGAGUCGAGGGGAAUUUUCUAACGUUGAUGAAACUGAAAAUGUUCCCUCAUCGCUCCGUCGUCCAGCUGGUCGAUUUAGACUCCGCCCGCCUGCACCGCCGCUGUGAGCGCAGCCGCCGCGCCCUCGCCGAGGUCAGCUGACCGGCGGCUGCUCCGGACUCUCGCUGCUUUACUCGUGCAAUAUUCUCUCUUUUCUCUUCUCUCUCUGGUUUCUGUCGCUGAGGUGGAGGAAAAACGUCGGACUGCACCUUUAAAAAAACAAACCUUCACUUCACAAAGAAUAAAGAAAGAAAAGAGAAGGAGAGACGGAUGUUUACAGACGGAGAAAUGAGAGAAACGAUGAUUAUUUUAAACCCUAGAGUUGUUUUUUUUAAUCAUCGAGGAAACUUUGGAAAUGUUUACUUUAUAAUUCAACAAACGACGGCUGUAAAAAAAAGAAAGAAAUAUAUUAAAAUAUAAGAUUUAUGCUUUUAAUUUUAACCUGAGAGAAAAAGAAGCAAAUGUUUUGUUACAUGAUUAAUAAAAUAAUAAAAUAAUAACUUCAUGAGUCAAAUGUUUUAUUUCACAGCUCCUUUAUUUUAUACUUUGUUUUCAGGUAUUUAACAGAAAAGUUUCAGAGUUAAUGAAGCAGUUUGGUACAAAUUAUAAGAAAAAUUGCACACAAAAAUAUGUUGUUUAGAUUUGGUUUCAUAUAUAGUGGAUAGAAAUAUAUAUAAUAAAUCUAUAAUAAUUAUUAAAAAUGUAAUUUACAUGGAAAAGAAAAGUAUUUUUGUGUGUCCGAUGAUAUAUUUGCACAGAAUUUUAUGUUUAAUUACAAAGUUUUGAGACGAAGAAAUAAAUAAAUAAUUAUUUAUUUAUUUUUUUAAAACACUAAAAACAGUAUUUUACUGA